UUUAGCUAGAAUUAUUAGAGUAAAAGAAAAUAAACAGCUCUCCCUCUUCUUCCAACAUCUCUCUCUCACACACACACAGUCACAAACAGUCGACUGGAGCUGAGGUUUUGGCGGUUUUAUGCUUUCGAUUGCAAUUCAAGUCGUAAUCGAAGCUGUGGCGGUUAGUAAUGCAACCAAUUUCAAGGAGCUCCGAAGCGCAACAACCAUAAAAUCCAUUUGGAGCUGCAAUUUUUUUAUGAUUCUCAAUCGAGGCGAAUUCGCUAGCACAUGGCGGGUGAGUUCAACCCCGGCGGCUUCCACCACCUCUACAAAUCCGGAGGCGGAGGGAUGAUCAGCGGCGCCUCCGGAGGGCACGACCUGAUUCCCGUGCCCAAUUACUACGGGGGGAGCUUUAAUUUGGGGGGGAUGCAGUAUUUCAGCUCCGCGGAGGGCCCUUCCUCAUCCUCGUCGCCGCUUCUGCUGGACUCUGUGCCAGGGUUGAAGCACGACACGGGGCUGGCGGUGGAGUGGUCUGUUGAGGAACAGUAUAAGUUGGAGGAAGGUCUGGCCAAGUAUGCGAAUGAACCCCAUAUUCUGCAGUAUAUUAAGAUAGCUGCUUCCCUCCAGGACAAAACUGUACGUGAUGUCGCUCUUCGGUGUAGAUGGAUGAUGAGAAAGCGAAGGAAACAGCAGGACCCGAGCUUUGGGAAGAAGAUGAAGGAAGGAAAGGAUAAACUAAUGGAAGCAUCUCUGAAGAAUAAAGUCUCUUCAGCUCCACUACUGAACCUCCCAGCAUAUUCUUUACCUUCAAACCGCCUUAAUCAGAGUGAAUGCAUAUUUUCAGGAGUACUUAGUUACGGAUUCAGGCAUCUAUUGGAAGAAAAUAACCAUGCUUUUGGUCAAAUAUCUACAAAUCUUUCAACUCUCAAGGCCCUUAAGUGCAACUUACUUUUUCAAGCGAGCAUAGUUUUCACCCUCUUAUUCCUGCAGCAUAAAAAACAUGCCUGGGAUUAUGAGUCAAAUGCCACCACUUCCCGUUCUCAUAAAUGAGGAACUUGUUUGUAGUAUUUUUCCGAAUUCAUCUCAGCACAUGACAUUUGGUGCUUCAAGUUCAAUACCUCUGAAGCAGGAGCCAGGAUGCUGAUCAACAUUCAUAACCCGGGUCACACCAGCCGGGUCCUUGUAAGUAUGGAAAUUUUGUUGUAAAGGUGCAAGAAGCUGGCGGGUUGUCCAGCUUAGUGUACGUCUCCCAGAGGAAUAGCACGCCGUACCUCGUUGGUAAGAGGCUCUGAGAUAUUCGAACGUUUGGAUUGUUCACAGUGCAGCAGAUGCAAAAUGCAGAUGGUCACAAAGCAACAAAGAUGUGUUGUUUUGGAAGCAUGAGAGGAGACAGUGCCUUGUGUUCAGAGUUAAGCUGCUUCUGCCUUCUUCUGUGUGUAAUAUAGAAACACUAGUAUUGAAUCUUGCUGAAUUAUUUCACCUAAAUAGCCAUUCCCACCCACCAA